AUGGCUGAAAGAACUAGACCAAGAAAGAAGAAGGACCCAAACGCUCCAAAGAGAUCGUUGUCCGCUUACAUGUUUUUCGCUAACGAAAACAGAGACAUCGUCCGUGCCGAAAACCCAGGUGUGACCUUCGGUCAAUUGGGUAAGUUGUUGGGUGAAAAGUGGAAGUCGUUGACUCCUGAAGACAAGACCCCAUACGACCAAAAAGCUGAGAAGGACAAGAAGAGAUACGAGGUCCAAAAGGCUGAAUACAUCAAGAAGAACGAGGAGGCCUUAUAA